GAACAGAACAGGCGCUUACCUUGCACGGCCAUAUUCAUUCAGCAUUUUCCGUGUAAACGUCAAUACAGUUACGGCAUAGGAUAGAUUAGGAUAUUGAAAAACAGAUUUUUAUAAAGUAAUUUGCUGCAUAUUUCUAUCGGAACAAUGGCGAAUGUAUUGAACUGCGUGUCGUAUUUUGCUUUCCUUGUCUGCAUGUCGGGCAUAGUCUCGGCACAGCUUCAUUACUCGAUUCCCGAGGAAAUGGAGCUUGGAGCCUUUGUUGGGAAUAUCGCUCAGGAUUUAAGACUAAACGCAUGGGAGUUACCGGCUCGCAGCCCUAUCCUGGUCUCCGAUGAAAGGAAGCAGUUCCUCGAGGUAAAUGUGGGUGAUGGUCAUUUAUUUGUGAGCGAAAGAAUCGACAGAGAGCAGCUGUGCAAGCAAAGGCUUACGUGCUCCCUGUCUCUACAGAUUGCGCUCCAUAAUCCUAAGGAAAUAUAUACUAUCGCGGUAGCAAUCCUCGAUAUAAACGAUAAUUCCCCCAGUUUUCAUGAGAGUGAAUAUUAUUUCAAUAUAAGUGAACAAAUUACGCCGGGGGCGCGGUUUCCUUUCGAGAGCGCGAGUGAUCCCGAUGUCGGUACAAAUACAAUUAACACUUACCAGAUCAGUCCGAACGACCACUUCGGUAUUAAAGUGCAGACAAGACGGGGAGGCAGUAAGACUGCCGAGCUGCUGUUGCAGAAAACCUUGGACCGUGAGCAGCAGGCGACGUUUCAGCUCACACUCACCGCCAUUGAUGGUGGGAAUCCGCGCAGAUCAGGUACAGCCCGCGUUAUCAUUACAGUAGAGGAUGGGAAUGACAACGCCCCUCAAUUUGAAUAUGAAACCUACAGCGCAACGUUAUCAGAGAACGUCCCGAAAGGAACGCUGGCGACAAAAAUCACCGCAGCCGAUUUGGAUGAAGGCAGCAAUGCAGCACUCACAUACAGUUUCACAAACCACGUUCCUCAAUCGAUCCGUGAGCUCUUCAAACUGGAUCCGCAAACAGGACAGAUCACUGUUGAAGGAACGCUAAAUUUUGAGGAAUCUCACUUUUAUGAACUUGAUGUAAAAGCAAUAGACAAUGGUUCGCCCCGAUUGACGGGUCAUGCAAAGGUUAUUAUCACCAUAACUGAUGUAAAUGACAAUGCUCCCGAGAUACAGGUCAUCUCGUCUUCCAGUACUGUUCCUGAAAACGCACAACCUGGAACCGUCGUUGCAUCAAUCAGUGUAACUGAUUUAGAUUCCGAGAAAAAUGGUCACGUCUAUUGUCAAAUUCCAAAAGAGUUUCCGUUUAAACUUGAACAAUAUUCUAUCAAUAAUUACCAUUUGAUUACCAGUGAUGUUUUGGAUCGUGAAAUAACCACAGUGUAUAACAUCUCUAUAUCAGCAUGGGAUGGUGGUUCACCGUCUCUUUCGUCGCAGGAAAGUGUCUUGAUUUCAGUUUCUGACAUAAAUGAUAACUCACCUCGAUUCACACAAACAAAGUAUAAUGUUUAUUUAAUGGAAAACAACACGCCGGGAUCUUCCAUAUUUGCUGUUUCCGCAAUCGAUUCUGAUAUUGGUCCAAACGGUGACGUAAUUUACAGCAUUCUAGAUGAGGGCUCCGAGUCGAGAUUUGUCACAAUGAACUCAAAGAAUGGCGACAUUUACGCACUGAUUUCCUUUGACUAUGAAGAAUUGAAGCAUUUCCAAUUCAAAGCGCAAGCUCGGGAUUCUGGAACUCCAUCACUGAGCGGCACUGUUACCGUAAAUGUUAUAAUUUUGGACCAAAAUGACAAUGCCCCAGUAAUUGUUUCGCCUUUGAUAUGGAAUGGUUCAGCAUCGGUGGACAUUGUGCCCCAGUCUGUACACUCGGGCUACUUGGUCACCAAGGUAAUUGCGACUGAUGCAGAUUCUGGUCAAAACGCAAGGCUUUCCUAUUUACAAUUGGAACCCAUAGACAACAGUUUGUUCACUCUGGAUGUUCUAUCUGGUGAAAUCCGAGCAACUAGAAGUUUAGAAGACCAAGACCUGAUCACAAAAAUAUUUGUCCUCUGUGUAAAGGAUAAUGGGCAACCCAGCCUUUCCAGUACAGCCACAGUCAGUUUCACAUUCUUGCCUAACAGUACAGUGCUAUCGUCUGAAAUCUCAAUCGAGCCCAAUGAGAAGAAACAACGUUUGAAUCUCAAUCUGUAUUUAGUCGUCGCUUUAGGAUUAACGUCUUUUCUGUUUCUGAUAACUAUUAUUUGUUUGCUGGUGGUGAAGUUUAAACAAGACAGAAAUAUUGAAGAAAGGUACAGCACGAGCGUUUGCUGCUCGGACCGUAACAAUUCGGAUAUGAUCUUUCAUCAGCGCCAAGUUGCAAACGAGGAUGCGGAUUAUAUUGGUUCUGGUCAGACCGAAGGUUACCGUUAUACUGUGUGUUUGUCACCUGAAUCUUCGAAAAGUGAUUUCCUCUUUCUGAAACCAUGCCAUCCAACAUUGCCUUUCAAUGAGGCGAGUGUCAGGGAAAACAGCGCAAGAAAAUGAAUUGAUUUUUUUUUUACAUGGAAUGGCGCUGAAUACAUUUUGUUAGCAAAUUUUUGUUAAGGGACGUAUGAAUCGGUAAGUUUUACCGAGACUUUCGAAUCUCCAUGUUAUUCUUGUUUGUCUGUUGUGUAAAUAGCUUUAUUGUGCUCGCAAUUACUAACAAAUACUUAAGCGCAUAUGUGGAUCUUUUAUCUCAACUGUAUUUCUGUAUUUUAGCUGUAUUACUGUUUGAAAAGACCUACACAUUUUGAAGUCAACAGUUUUUGCUCUAUUGUAAUACCUUCCCACAUAUCUUCAUCACCUUUCCACUGCUCUGCUAGUUCUCUUUGACAAGCACAUUGAACUGACGAUUAUUGUAAGAAUCAAUUUCAUGCUUAGCAAUAAACCA